GUCAGCUGUUGUUUUCCAGGCGGCCUCGGGGGGUCGAGGUGACUAGCACAACUAAUAGAAGAGAUCUCUGGCAAAUUAUCACCGCAGUUACUGUAUCAUUGGUUGUGAAGGUGAAGGCAGGUGAACAUGCAGGCGAAGAAGAUGAGACCGACGCGGUACGCUCACUAUGAGGGCCACACAGACAUCUGUUAUACCGACGACGGCAGGUAUAUGAUAACAUGUGGAGCUGAUGGUGAGGUGCGUGUUUUUGAGGGGCUCGAUGACGACGACUGCAAGACCUACGUGGUUGCUGAGUGUGCCUCUGCCGUUGCUUAUCGGAAUGGCUGCUUCUUGGUGGGCACAGACUGCAAUUGGGUUCAGGCGUAUACAAUGGAUGAAGGUGCCCCUAGCGGCAUCAUCACAAGAUUUACUGCUCCACCCACCCACAUUGUUGUCAGUAAGGAUGGCAAGCUGGUGGCAUGUGCUGGCAGUGACAUGACCAUUCGUGUACACGAGCCGGUGGAGUACAAGGACACUGUGUUUUCGGGACACCAAGCUCCUGUACUCUCUGUUGCUAUUGACCCAAAAGGUGAAUAUCUGGCAUCAUCGUCUUGUGAUGGCAGCGUCCGAGUGUGGGAUCUUAAAACAAAGUCGGUUGUUGUAUCUUGGAACCUCUUGCCCAAGACUAACAAUUUGUCUACCUCCAAAACAUUAUGCCGCUUAACAUGGACACCUGAUGGUCGGUAUCUUAUUGUCCCCGUUGAAAGCAAGGUUCACAUGUACGAUCGCACUUCAUGGCAGGUGGUGCGGGAACUGAAGGAUGACUCUAUCAAGGAGACUGUGUCUGUGUGUGGGGUAUCAUCAUGUGGACGAUUCAUUGCUGCUGCCUGCCUUGAUGGUGUCGUGGUGGUGUGGAAUGCCAUCAGUUACCAGCUGAUUACGGCCGAGAAACACCCAAAGUCGCUUGCAAUAUGUGGUCUGGCAUGGAAUCCUAGUGGGAAAAAGGAGCUAGCCUUUGUUGAUAUUGAUGGGCAGCUUGGAACUGUGGAGAAUAUCAUAGAGGGAGAAAACACCCCUGCAGUGGUUAGUGGAGAUGGUGCAAGUGAAGUGCAAAGUGGAUUGCUCAAUGGAGACGUCUUUCCACCAUUGGAGAUCGAUAUGGAUGAGGACGAUGAAGAUUUCUCCAUCUCAAAAAUCAAAUCUCGGCUGGGUUUUGCAGAUGAUGAGGAGGGCACCUUCCUUGGUCUUCCCAAGGAAAGUGCUUUGAAGGAAGAAUUGGAUUCCAAAGCCAUAGAUGACGACGCAGCAAGUGUCGUGACAUCGAGAAGUGUGGCUCCAGCGGCCCCCGUAUUGAAUUUACCGGAGAUACAAAAACCCUUCCAUCCUGGCAUGUCCCCCGAACACCUCAAUGACAGAUACAUGUUGUGGAACAAUGUGGGCAUCGUGCGUCAAUACUCGAGUGAGGACGAAAACAGCAUAGACGUAGAGUUCCACGACACCUCGGUGCAUCAUGCCCUUCAUCUCAACAACAGUGCUGGGCACACCAUGGCAGCCCUGUCCACACAAGCACUGGCCUUGGCUUGCGAGGCAAAUGAAGACCAACCCAGUAAAUUGGUAGUGCACCACUUCUCGGCCUGGGGCUCAAACAAGGAGUGGUACGUUGAUAUGCCAGAGGAAGAAGAUAUUCUUGCCGUGUGCCUUGGGUCUGGAUGGGUUGCUGUUGCGACAGAUCGCCGGAACCUUCGCAUCUUCUCCACUUCUGGCAUACAGAGGGACAUCAUCAAUAUUCCAGGACCAGUUGUGUGUUUAGCUGGAUUUGAAGAUCAGAUAAUAAUUGUUUUCCACAGUGGCAUAGGAGUAUCCGGAGACCAACAUAUGGAAAGCAUUGUGCUGAGUGUGAGUGGCGGUCGUCACGCCGUCCCAUUGGCAUGUCCCGUUCCUCUCUCCCCUCGGUCAUUUCUGGCUUGGGCAGGGUUUUCAGAUGAAGGAACUCCAGUGAUUAUGGACAGUGCUGGGAUAGUGCACAUCAUGCAUUUCAAGUAUGGAUAUAAUUGGACAAGUAUUCUCAACACUAAGAAGCAUACGCGUGGAAAAAGUGACCACUACUUCCUGCUGGGAGCGAGUGAAACACAAGGAAAUGUACGAUGUAUACUAUGCAAGGGUAACCGUUAUCCUCCAGUUCUGCCCAAGCCGCACGUGUCCCUUCUUAACAUGCAGAUGCCUUUGUGCGAGUUGGAAACCGAGAAAGGGGAGCUGGAAGAAAAGGCAGUUCGAACGGGUCUACUUAUGAACACACUUACACGACUCACCCAGCAAGGAUAUGAAGUGGACAGUUCCAAGAGUGAAGCCGAUAAAAUCAUAAAAGAAACUAUGAUUAAGCUUUUUGCUCUGGCUUGUCGCACAGAGCGUGAGUCUCGAGCACUUGAGAUCUGCCAGUUGAUGCCCUCCUAUCAUACGGUUGAACUUGCAAUAAAGUAUGCAGGAAAGUUGCAUCGUUUGCAACUUGCCGAGAAGCUUGGGGAAGUUGCAGCAGCCAAGAUGGAAGAGGAGCUCGAGAAAGAAGCCAAAUCUUGUGAAGCGAUGGUUGACGAGCUGCAAACGUAUGGUGGUGGUGGUGUAAGAAGGGUGCGAGCAAAAUCUCCUGUGGACGAAGACAAUGAAGUGGAUGAAGCGUCCCCCAGUCACUACGAGGACCAUGAGGAGGAAGUUCAUUCAGAAGACAACCCGCUGCUGGCUGCAGUAGUCAGAAAAGACAACAGUACAUGUAGUCCAGGAUAUCUCUCGACACAGUCCUCCAAGAAUCCCUUCAAGAAGAAUGCCACACCGACAUCAGCCUCCCAGACUGGCAAACGAGGCAUUGAUGUUAUUGACCAGUUUAGGAAGGCUCAAAAGAAGAUGGAUAGUAGUCCUGUAUUAAGACCAAUAGUCAAGAAGCCUCAGAAUAAACAAACUACAUUGAAGAAAAAAACUUUACAGGAGGAAGUUGCAGCAGCUGUAGGGAAGGAAAACCAGUCUGAAAAUGCAACAAGUUCUCUCUCUAAAACAGAAACUAUAAAUCCUUUUAGGAAAAAGGAGCCGUCGCCACAGCCUGCUGUCAAGAAACAGUCGGCACUCCAGUUAUGGCUGGCAGAUAAUGAAGAAAGUGUCAAGUCUCAGUAUCCCGAGGCCAGUGAGAAGGAACUCGUGGCCAAGGCUGCAUUAAUAUUCAAAGAUCUUGAUAAUGACGUCAAACAGAAAUACAAGUCAUUAGCUGCAGGAACUACUACGCAGGCAGCACCAACACCCGAGGCCGACGACAAGAAGCGCAGAAGAGAGGAAGCCAUUGAGGACUCUCCUUCAGAGAAAAAGGCCAAGGGAUCAGGCCUUAGCAAAUUGUCUGCUUUUGUCUUUAAUAAAGAUUCAUAACCAUAGUUGCAUUAGAUAUGUUUUAUAUAUUAUGUAUAGACAAUGAUACUGUAUACAUAAAUUAUAUAACAUUGUAUUUUAUGAUCAUUGUGCAUGUCAUAUUUUUAUAAACUAAGAACUGUAAAUAUGUUUUAAUUUUUCAAAGUGUUUAACAAAGUUAACUACUGCCAUCGUGCCUUAGAGAUGGGCUGUGUAUCUUUGCAAUGUACAGCAAUUUGGCUUUAACCCUCCGACUGUGCAUCUAAAUUUAGAUAAAUUUCCUCAUGUGGAUAACAAAAAUUAAAA